GGACAUACAGUUUAUCGCCAAAUCCGAGGGGCAUUAUUUGAGAAACUGUACCAAAAUUUACUGCAUACUGUACGCUGUACUAGGGAAAAAUACUCAGUUGGAUACCAUUGCUUUACCUUGAGGUGACAGUGCAAUAACUUUCUAUAUAGUAAAUUCUCAAUUCAAGGAUUUACAAUUCCGUAUUAUGGCAUGGUUAAAAAUUGUAGUAGGAGCAGGAGUACUUGCAGUUUUGGUCAUCCUGAAAGUAGGAUGGUCACUUUAUAAAAAAAGACACAUUUUUGAGUUUGCGAAAAAUUUUAACGGUUUCAGGUUCUAUCCGAUAUUUGGAAACUUUUGGCAGCUGAGCAACAUAGGUUACUCAGAUUUCUUCGAUGCAGUACGCGUACUAGCCAGGAAAUUGGGACUACCACUCAAUUUCUGGUAUGGACAUAGCUAUAUCCAUGUUACAGACGAUGCCGAAGCUAUAAAAGUUAUACUUAACCAUCCAGAUAGUUUGGAUAAAGCAAGUUUCUAUAAUAUAGUCAAAGUAAUAUUUGAUGAUUGUCUUCUAGUUUACAAAGCUGAAGAUUGGAAAGUACGACGGAAGUUUUUCUCGAAAAGUUUUAACCAGCCCCUCCUCAAUUCUUAUGUGCAUUACUUUUAUCGUAAUAGCAAUGUGUUGGUAGAUGUGCUACACAAUGAUUACGAAGAUCUUUUCAGCGUCUUCGGUCAUUAUACCUUUGACACAUUUUGCGACAUAUAUGUCGGUAAGAGCUACAACUUACAAACUGAUCCCAACAAUAGACUGAUAGAAGAGUUGGACGCAGUCCAGAAAUAUAUCGGAGAGAGUAGUGUGGUGGCAGUUACGUUUGGUUUUCCACUGGAUCUGAAGGGUCUUGUAACUAAUGGUUGGAGUACGAUAUCACUGUUAAAUCAAUUAAGAAAACUUAGUUUCAGUAUGAUCGACUUUAGAAGAGAGGAACUACAGAAGGAGCCAGUUGUAGGUUCCCAGUUAUCUUUUCUGGAUGCAAUGAUAAGCCGAGGUGAUCUUUUUCAUCCAAGCAUUAUGUCCAAAGAAUUACUGGUUUUUUUAUUAGCCGCCACAGACACUACCGGAAACGCAUUGACUUUUAUUUUUACAUUAUUGGGAAUGCAUCCAGAAAUUCAGCAAAAAGUAUACGAAGAGGUAAUAACGGAGAUUGGCCGUGAUGCACCUAUCGAAACAGAUCAUUUACCAAAAUUGAAAUAUACUGAGAGAGUUAUAUCCGAAAGUAUGAGGUUGCUUCCGCCUGUGCCUAUGGUGGCCAGAUAUCUUAAUAAGGACAUUCAAAUUGGAGACAAAACAUUUCCUAAAGGAGCCAAUGUAAUAGUAUAUACCCUUGCUCUACACCGUAACAGUAAAUAUUGGCCGAAUCCAAAAAAGUUUGACCCAGACAGGUUUCUACCAGAAGAAAUCGCUAAAAGACCACCAUCUUGCUACAUACCGUUUUCAGGAGGACCACGGAAUUGUAUAGGCAAACUAUACGCAAUGAUGUCUAUGAAAGUGGUGGUAGCCAAUGUGAUUAGAAAUUUUCGGAUAUCAUCCAAAUAUCGCUCAGUUGAUGAGAUGGAGAUGAGAGGCUUAAUCACAAUGAGGACAAAAGACGAUAUUGACUGCCAUUUCUCACCCAGAAAAUAAAUAGACAUUUUAACAUUAAUGUUAUUAUUGUAAAGCUUGAUUUUCAUGCAUCCGUUAUCCGACGAUACGAUG